AUGAAUCAAUUAGGCAAUGAAGGAAUUAAGGAAUGGAAAAAUCUUGGUGCUAGGCUUAAAACACAUGAAACAAGUAAUGAGCAUAUUGUUAACAUGAAUGCUUGGAUUGACUUAGAAUUGAGACUUGCAAAUAAUAAAACAAUAGAUAAAAGUGUGCAAGAACGAAUUGAUAAGGAGAAGGAACAUUGGAGGAAUGUUUUAGUAAGAAUAAUUGCUAUUGUAAAAAGUCUAGCUAAGAAUAAUUUGGCAUUUUGUGGAAAUAAUGAAAAGAUCUACCAAGAGAACAAUGGAAAUUUUUUGAGUUUAAUUGAAAUGAUUACUAAAUUUGAUCCAAUUAUGCUAGAACAUGUUCGACGUAUUCAAAAUAGUGAUAUUCAUAAUCAUUAUUUGGGACAUAGAAUUCAAAAUGAGUUGAUUCAAUUAUUAGCGAGUGAAGUGAAAAAUACAAUUUUGAAAAAAAUCAAAGAAGUAAAAUAUUUUUCAGUUAUACUUGAUUGUACUCCUGAUUUAAGUCAUCAAGAACAAAUGUCUCUUAUAUUGAGGUGUGUAGAUAUCUCAACUAGUCCAAUAAGAGUGGAAGAAUAUUUUUUGGGAUUUUUAAAAGUGGAUGAUACUUCAGGAAAACGAUUUUUUAGUGAACUCGCAAAAGAAAUUGAAAAUUUGAAACUUGACAUUAAUGACAUAAGAGGACAAGGAUAUGAUAAUGGAUCUAACAUGAAAGGAAAGCACCAAGGUGUACAAAAGAGAUUAUUAGAGUUAAAUCCUAGAGCAUUAUACACACCUUGUGAUUGUCAUAAUCUUACUUUAGUACUUUUUGAUGUUGCUAAUUCUUGUGUUAAAGGUGUAUCAUUUUUUGGUGUUUUACAACUAAAAUCUACUGAAGAAUCAUUUCGGAUGGAAAGAUUUCUCAAGGAAAAACUUGCCAAGUUUGAUGUAAAGAGUGAAACUGUUUUCUUGAGAUAUCCUACAAAUAGUAAAGCCUGUAGGGUAUACAACAUGAGAACUACCAAAUCUGGUCUUGAUGAGACUAUAAAUGUUGUUUUUAAUGUUCUUGAAGACUUACCUUCCUACUAUGAAGGUGAGAUGUGA